AUGACUGGUCUGUUCUCAGAGUUGAGGCUGGCUGUGCCUUGGGGCCACAUUGCUGUCAAAGUCUGGGGCUCCCAGAAGAACCCUCCAGUCCUCUGCCUGCAUGGCUGGCUGGACAAUGCCAACUCCUUUGACAGACUCAUUCCUCUUCUUCCACAAGACUUUCAUUAUGUGGCCAUGGAUUUCGGAGGUCACGGGCUCUCCUCCCAUUACAGCCCAGGGCUCCCGUAUUACCACCUACAUUUUGUGAGUGAGGUCCGAAGGGUAGCAGCAGCAUUUAAAUGGACUCGGUUUUCCUUCAUGGGCCACAGUUUUGGUGGCACUGUGGCCGGCAUGUUUGCCUGCAUCUUCCCCGAGAUGGUGGACAAACUGAUCUUGCUGGAAUCAACGCCACUUGUCCUGGACUGUAAUGAACCAGAGAAUAUCCUGACCUACAAACAGAGGAACAUAGAACACAUGUUGCAAGUGGAAGCUUCCCAGAAUUCCUUGAGGGUGUCUAACAUGGAAGACUUGUUACAGAGGCUCCUGAAUAAAAAUAGCCACUUGAAUAAAGAGUGUGGGGAACUCCUGCUACAGAGAGGAACCAGGAAGAUGGGCACAGGUGUGGUGCUGAACAGGGACCGGAGGCUGGCUAUGCCAGAACACAGCUUUGACUUCGUGAACAAGGAGAUGCUUGUGCACUUUAUCAGACACCUGCGGGCCAAUGUGCUGAUGAUCAUGUGA